CUACAGCAAGCUUUUUCAACGCUAUUUUUUGUUCUGUUCUGUUAAAUGUAUCCUUGGUUAUCAAUGUAUUGUUUUGACGUUUUCGCAAGAACUGAUUUGGAAGGUUAAAGUCCAAACAGUACACUUUGCUUUUUCGUUAUCCAAUUUUCAUUUAGCCAGCUUAAAAUAAUAAAAUGGCCCGUGUUUUAGUUGGAGUAAAAAGAGUAAUAGACUAUGCUGUUAAGAUUCGUGUAAAACCCGAUAAAACUGGGGUUGUUACGGAUGGUGUAAAACAUUCCAUGAAUCCCUUCGACGAGAUAGCAGUGGAAGAGGCAGUAAGACUAAAAGAGAAGAAAAUUGCGUCUGAAGUUAUAGCUGUAUCGUGCGGGCCAGCUCAAUCGCAAGAAGUCCUGCGUACAGCCCUGGCCAUGGGGGUGGACAAAGGUAUCCAUGUGGAAAUUACCGGGGCUGAAUAUGAUACCUUGCAGCCCAUUCAUGUGUCCAAAAUAUUGGCCAAAUUGGCUGAAAAGGAGAAAGCUGAUCUGGUUAUUGUGGGAAAACAAGCAAUAGAUGAUGAUUCUAACCAAACUGCACAAAUGACAGCUGCCUAUUUAGACUGGCCUCAAGCCACUUUUGCUUCAAAGAUUGAAAAGGGUGACAAAGAUAUUACAGUCACAAGAGAGGUUGAUGGUGGUUUGGAAACCAUUAAAUGCAAAAUGCCUGCGGUAAUAAGUGCAGAUUUAAGACUCAAUGAACCUCGUUAUGCAACUCUACCGAACAUUAUGAAAGCCAAGAAGAAGCCGAUAACCAAACUAACCCCGAAAGACUUGGGUGUUGAUUGUGCUCCGAGGAUUCAGGUUGUUAGCGUUGAAGACCCACCAACUAGGCAGGCCGGUGUUGUUUUGCCCGAUGUAGAUGCCCUUGUUGGUAAACUUAAAGAAGGUGGACAUGUUUGAAUAAAAUUUAAACAUCGUGAAUCUUCUUUUAGUUGAAUUACAUUUGUUAUUAAGUUUGUACCAAGUUCUAUGUAUACAAUCCUUGUAAGUCUAAAUAAACUUAUUUUUAUAGGUUAA